UCUCCCUAUUACAACGAUCUCUCUUUUUUCUAUCUAUUUCUUACACACCCUCACAAAGUCACAACUCAUAAAUUUUCUUUUCAACCUUCUUUUCUUUUCAUAAAAAACACAAGAUUUCUAUUCUAACCAAUAAAAAAAAACAAGAAAUGGUAAGUGUAGCUACUGUUGAAACCCAAAAGGCAGAGAUAUCAUCAUCUGUUAUCCCUCCUUCAAAUCAAUCUUCUGAAGAGUUACAUGUGUUUAGAUCAAGAUUACCAGAUAUACCCAUUUCCAAUAACGUCCCUCUUCAUGUCUACUUGUUCGAGAGGCUCUCUGAGUUUCAAGACAGGACAUGUCUUAUAUCAGGCAACAGUGGCAAAACCUUCACUUUUGCAGAAACUCAUCUCAUUUGCCAGAAAAUUGCUGCUGGAUUAACAGACAUAGGCAUCAAAGAGGGAGAUGUAAUCAUGACUUUCAUUCAAAAUUGCGCUGAAUUCGUGUUUACUUUUCUCGCAGCUUCUAUGAUUGGCGCUGUUAUCACUACUGCUAAUCCGUUUUACACAAAAGCAGAGGCUUUUAAGCAAUUGAAAGCCUCUAAUGCGAAAUUAAUUGUUACUGAAUCUCAGUACGUGGAUAAAUUUCGCGAAUCAGGAGAUAACGACCCGAAAAUAGAGGAAGAUUUUUCGGUCGUGACAAUCGAUGAUCCGCCAGAAAAUUGCUUGCAUUUCAGUGUACUUUCUGAAGCAGAUGAAGAGGACAUGCCAAAAGGGGUUGUUAUUCAACCUGACGACCCCGUGGUUCUACCGUUUUCGUCAGGGACCACGGGGUUGCCAAAAGGAGUGAUAUUAACUCACAAAAGUUUGAUAACAGGUGUGGCUCAAUUAGUCGAUGGUGACAAUCCAAAUUUGUACUUGAAGCAUGACGACGUUGUGCUUUGUGUGCUUCCUCUGUUUCAUAUAUUCGCGUUGAAUUCAGUGCUGUUAGUCUCGCUAAGAGCAGGGGCUAGCGUGCUGUUGAUGCAAAAGUUUGAGAUAGGCACGUUUCUGGAGCUGAUACAGAGGCACCGGGUGUCAGUCGCGGCUGUGGUUCCGCCCCUGGUUCUUGCAUUGGCUAAAAAUCCGAUGGUUGAUUCGUUCGAUUUGAGCUCGAUAAGGCUCGUGUUAUCUGGGGCUGCGCCACUGGGAAAGGAGUUGGAGGAAGCACUACAUCGAAGAGUCCCACAAGCCAUAUUCGGACAGGGAUAUGGUAUGACAGAAGCAGGACCCGUAGUAACAAUGUGCCCCGCAUUUGCGAAACAACCAUUUUCAACCAAAUCCGGUUCAUGUGGCUCGGUAGUUCGAAAUGCGGACCUUAAGGUGGUUGACCCUGAAACCGGUGGCUCUCUUGGCCGCAACCAACCCGGUGAAAUUUGCAUCCGUGGUUCUCAAAUCAUGAAAGGUUAUUUGAAUGAUGAUGAGGCCACUGCACGGACCAUUGAUGUCGAUGGAUGGCUCCACACUGGCGAUAUAGGAUACGUAGAUGACGAUGACGAUUUAUACAUCGUUGAUAGAGUCAAAGAGCUCAUCAAGUUCAAAGGCUUCCAGGUGCCACCAGCUGAGCUUGAGUCUCUUCUAGUAAGCCAUCCAGCUAUUGCAGAUGCUGCUGUUGUGCCGCAAAAGGAUGCUGCUGCAGGGGAAGUCCCCGUUGCAUUUGUAGUCCGUUCGGCCCAAGGUUUUGAACUUACUGAACAAGCUAUAAAGGAAUUUAUUGCCAAACAGGUUAUAUUCUAUAAAAGAUUGCACAAGGUGUAUUUUAUUCACGUGAUUCCAAAGUCUCCAUCCGGAAAGAUACUGAGGAAAGAACUGAGAGCGAAACUAGCCGCGACACCAACGUCCACCCAGUGAUUGAAGGCCUUUUCCGUUUUGUCUAACGUGGCAUGUGAUCUUUGUUAAUUCUUAUAUUUUCGGAGACAUAACUUCGUCAAUUAUUGUCUAGUCCAAGUUGUUAAUGCGAUGUUCUGUCUGAAGUCUCAUAUUCAAUGACUGAUUCUGUGAAUGCUGUUUUAAUUUUUGUCUUUUGAUAACAGUAAAUGGUUAAGUCUGUUGGGGUUUUCAGUUUC